AUGGCAGCCGACGGAGGAUGCGGGGAAUCGGUGGAUCAUUACCGGGCCGAGGUGGAGAGGCUGACCCGGGAGCUCGCAGAGGCGAACCGGGAGAAGAUCCGGGCUGCGGAAUGCGGUCUGGUGGUGCUGGAGGAGAACCAGACGCUCAAGCAGCAGUACGCCGAGCUCGAGACCGAGCAGGAGGCUCUCAAACAGGAGUUAGAGCAGCUGCAGGAGGCAUUUGGUCAGGCGUACACCAACCAACGUAAAGUCGCUGAGGAUGGUGAGACAAACGAAGAGACGCUGCUGCAGGAAUCUGCCUCCAAAGAGGCCUAUUACAUGGGACGUCUGGUGGACCUUCAAACCCAGCUCAAUGUGAGCAGCUCUGUGGCCUCCAAUGCCCAAGCAGAGGCCGAACGUCUCAAUGCUCUAGUGCAGGAACUCAGAGAGAAUAAUGAGAUGUUAGAACUACAGAGGAACAGGAUGAGAGAGGAAAUCAGAGAGUAUAAGUUCAGAGAGACCAGACUGCUGCAGGACUACACUGAACUGGAGGAGGAGAACAUCACCCUACAGAAGCUUGUGUCAACACUCAAACAGAAUCAGGUGGAAUAUGAGGGUCUAAAGCAUGAAAUCAAAGUGCUUGAGGAAGAGACAGUGCUGCUCAACAGCCAGCUGGAAGACGCUUUGCGUUUGAAAGACAUUUCUGAAGGCCAGUUAGAAGAGGCGCUGGAUGCUCUGAAAAGUGAGAGAGAGCAGAAGAACAAUCUGAGAAAGGAGCUGGCCCAUCAUCUCAGCCUGACCGACAGUGUGUACGGAGCCAGCACUCACCUGGCCAUCUCUGUGGAGGGUUUGAAGUUCGCAGAGGAGGCGGCGACCAAUGGCACGUCUGCAUCUGGGUCCAGCCCCAAUGAGGAGCGUAACCGCUGUAAUGAGUGCAAUGGGCAUGGACCAAAGAUGAAUGGAGAAUAUCACCGACCGGGAAGCAGGAAGGGAGAGGUGCUGCACCCAGUGUCUGAUCUCUUCAGCGAACUCAACCUGUCUGAGAUACAGAAACUCAAACAACAGCUCCUACAGGUUGAGCGAGAGAAGGCUGUUCUACUUUCCAACCUGCAGGAGUCUCAAACUCAACUGCAGCACACGCAGGGUGCUUUAACUGAGCAGCACAAACGCGUUCACCGCCUUACUGAGCGCUUCAAUGCUAUGAAGCGCCUCUACAGUGACAAGGAGUUUGACACAGAGGAGUCUGAGAAUAACGACGUGCCCAUUAACGGUUGCUGCGAUUAUGAAGCAGAUAUCAAUGGAAUGGAGCUUCUGGAGUGCAAAUACAGAGUUGCCAUGACUGAGGUCAUUGACUUGAAGGCGGAGCUUAAGGCUUUGAAGGAAAAAUAUAACCAGUCUUUGGAGAACCAAUCAGAAGAGAGCAACCACAGUGAGGGGAAGGUCCAGGCUCUCGAAGAGCAGGUGAAACGGUUGGAGAAAACCUGCCGUGAGGGCCGCGAGCGGGUUAGCAGUCUGGAAGUGGAGCUCCGGUGUGCUUCCGUUAUGGCUAGUGAAAGUAACGGCAUGCUGAACACAGCUCAGGAUGAGCUGGUUACGUUUAGUGAAGAACUUGCUCAGCUCUACCACCACGUCUGCUUGUGCAACAAUGAAACGCCGAACCGAGUCAUGCUGGACUACUACCGUCAGAGCCGAGUUACACGUAGCGGCAGUCUCAAAGGUCCAGACGACCCAAGAGCACUGCUUUCUCCACGUUUAGCUCGCCGUAUCGCAGCUGCUAACUCCUCAGAUGUGUCCAAGAGUCCUCAAGACUCUCCUUCAAAGGAACCCCUUGGAGAAGGAACUAAAGGGGAAGGAGGAAGUCCCAAUAAAACCCCCUUUGGUUCACCAAUCAAUGGUUCAUCUCUCUCACCCUCCCCAGUUCCAGAAACAGGUGAUCUCCGCCGGGAACCCAUGAACAUCUAUAACCUCAACGCCAUCAUCCGUGACCAGAUCAAGCACCUGCAGAAGGCUGUGGACCGUUCGCUGCAGCUCUCCAGGCAGAGGGCUGCGGCACGAGAGUUGGCACCCAUCCUAGAUAAGGACAAAGAGGUCUGCAUGGAGGAGAUCCUGAAACUCAAAUCCCUCUUGAGCACCAAGAGAGAGCAGAUCGCCACAUUGCGUCUAGUCCUGAAAGCCAAUAAACAGACUGCCGAGGGGGCACUUGCGAACCUGAAGAGCAAAUAUGAAAAUGAGAAAUCCAUGGUGACGGAGACAAUGAUGAAGCUUAGAAAUGAACUGAAGGCCCUCAAAGAAGACGCAGCCACCUUUUCCUCACUAAGGGCAAUGUUUGCCACAAGAUGCGAUGAGUAUGUAACUCAGCUGGAUGAGAUGCAGAGGCAGCUGGCUGCUGCAGAAGAUGAAAAGAAGACUCUGAACUCCCUCCUGCGGAUGGCAAUUCAGCAGAAACUGGCCCUCACCCAACGCCUGGAAGACCUAGAGUUUGACCACGAGCAGUCGCAUUGUGGCCGUGGAGGAAAAGUGCCAAAAAUUAAGAGCAGCCCUCAAAAAUCUCUCUUAGAUUGUCAGCAGCCUGCUGCCUCAGUACCGCCAACCUCCCCACAACUGAGGCGCGGGAGUGAAGGCAUCCACGGGCCACAGUCCUAAAGUGUUGUUAGCUCUUCAAGAGGACCAGAUGACUGCGGCCAACUCCAGACUUCCAUGUGAUCCUUUCCAAUGUCUGGCCCAUCAUUCUCAUCUUUUUGAGCCCAAAGCCUCCUGUCGUUGGACUCUAAUAUUGACCAGUCCUCACAGAGAUAGAUUAAGGGGGCGGAGCCCAUCAGUCAACCAUGACCUCCAGCCAAUCAGACGCUCUUCUCUAUGUGUGAUCCCAGAGGUGCCCGCCCGCUUACUGGAAUUGGAUGAAUUAUUCAGUGAAGCUUAUUGUGAACGCACUAAUCAUCAUCCUGAAAUGGACUGAUGUAUACUUAUUUAUUUAUCUAUUUAUUACUUUAUUUAUUUGUGUUUUUUUCUGUUGUUGUUGUUUUUUUAUAUGAUGCGUGUUGUGUCUGAUUUUUUUAAUAUAAAUAUGAUUUUGGAUAUGAAUGCAUUUUUUCUUCAAAUUUAACUUUUUAAACCAUAAAAAUUAGUAUAAAUUACAUCCACCCUGGAGUAUUAUGGUAUGCAAGGUGACUUUCUAUCAGUCGAAACUAAUAUUUUCAAUCUUUGUGAUAGGAAGAUGUGUUUGAAAGAUUGAAGAGAGGUAACUGGAUUAUUGAGAAGACAUGUACGCAUAAUUUUCAUUAAGUAGACACAAUUUUAAGUAUACAAUUUGAGUGACUUUGAUUUUGACCUUCAAGCUCCUGAGGUGAUGUUUGCAUUACAAAGUUUUGCAAAUCUCAGCUUUUCUAACGUUAUUGCACAUGGAAUUUGUUUCUUUGUCCUUUUUUUAACAGUUUAUUGCAAUGCAUAAAGAUUAUAUUUUAUACCUGAAUUCUCUUUUUUAUUGCAGAAAGUGAUGUCAAAUAAGUCUUUGAGGACUGAGUGGACAUGUAGGCCUAGUUCAGUGCCCGUUGGGGAAAAAACUCAUGUUUGAGGGAGUGGAGUUAAAGCUUGAGUGAGGCUUGAUCCCAGUGCGCUGCUAAAUUUGAACAUGAAGUGGGUUUAUUAUUCUCAGAUCUGCUCCAAAAACAGCAUACAAGCCCUAUUUAUUGUAUCCCAUAUUCACUAUAGAAUCGAUCAUUUUCAUUUUCUGUUUAAGUUAUAUCUAACCUUUACCCUGUAUAAAGCACAAACACAUUUAUCUAUGCAUUUUGAAACAGGCACAGGACAUUUUCAUGUCAUUUGGUCAUCUGUCCUCCAAUCACGCCGUGAUUUGUACCAGCAGGACAAGGAGAAAUAUCAAUUUUCAUUGUUUUUGUAUAGCAGCAAACCACAAAAACACAUUUUCAGUCUCAUUGAUUGACUGAACGGUUAUUGAUGGAUUCAGAUGAAGAAUCCAUCAGACACUUCUCAAAGCAUAACUAUAUCUAUUGUGAAACUAGAACAAAGCUUAGUCUGUUUAAUGACAUGCAAAGAAGGAUACAAGAUCAAUGGUUUCAUUCACAAUCUCUUUUAGCUCCUCAGUCUAACCCAUUCAUUUGGCGUUUUUAGACUAUAUUAAUUUCUUAUUGAGUAUUUCCAAUGAUACAAGAGCAGUUUCAGUUUUAUUAACUACACAUUGUGGUAUACAUGUUGCUUCUGAAGUGAAAUUAGCUGAUUAACAC